AUGCCCUCUCCAGCGCCCUCUUCUUUGGCACGAUUCUCUCAGCCGUAAUGUAGAGGAAGAAAUAUUUGGAACUGGUUGCAAAGACAGAACAGACAUUGGACCUGGAACAGGACAUGAAGAAUAAAAGGAACAGGGAACCCUUCUGAUCAGAAUGAAACAGAUGCUGAAAGAUUUUUCAAAUCUACUGCUAGUUGUGCUCUGUGAUUAUGUUCUGGGAGCAGUGGAAUAUCUCCUCUUGGAGCAAGCAACUCACGUAGCCUUGAGCAACGGCACUGUGUCAGUUAGCUUCCAGAAUUAUUAUGACAGCAACGUGACAUUGAAAAAUGGUUCCAUCCUGCUCAUAGAUGCCAGCACCAAUCAAACUGUCACCAGAAAACAGCUUCUGCAAAACCAGUUCCAAGAUACUGUUGUCUUUGAGUGCUUCCAUUUUAAGAGUGCCGGGAACUACUGGUUCAAAAUGGCUCCUGAGAACCAGUGGAACGGAGAGAAGACCCCACUGAGUGUGGUCUGGCCUGUAUUCCACUUCGAUUUGAGGAGGUCUUCUGAAGCAGUUGAGUCUUCCCUUCAGCUCAGGCUGUUUACCGAUGAGUAUUUGUGUCCGGUGAAUUAUACGGUGGUUUCUCUGGAUGUUGUACUGACCAGCCGCUUCUAUGAACUAGGGGAACAGAUCUCGAACGAGACUGUGGGACUGAGAACUAGGAAAGAGCUUUCUCUCGCCAGGUCCCAGUGGGUGACGCUUGACUGUCGCUCGGUUGGCCAAGAAGCCUACAUGACUGUAUUCCUGAAAUCAGCAGAGACCAAAUCAGUCAUUGCUUCGGAAGGGCCUAUUGAUCUCGCGCACAGAUUUGGGUACAAGCUGGUCGUGGCAGCAGAAGUGACAUGUGAGUCUUCGGUUGUGGUUUCUGUCAUUCCUCCUCCCUGCACUUCUCCUGGUGGGAACAUUGCUGUGUUCAAAGACCUUGGGCCUACUGGUCAGAGGGCGUUAAGGCUGCAGGAAAGUGUCAUGAAUCCAAAGGACGGCCAGAUAGAAUUCAACUGCACAUUGUUCGACGAGGGCACAAGCAAAUACUGCUUUGAAUUUAGCCUUUUGCACAGAGACAAUGCCCCACCAAGAGCGAAAGAAUGUGCACUAAUCCAGAGGAAUGUUGGAUCCUGGGGACUUUGGCAGGCCUGGAGCCCAUGUAGUGUGACUUGUGGGGACGGCACCCGAGAGCGCUAUCGAGAAUGUCUCGCGUCUUUCCCGUUCCCUGUAAAGCAAGGCUGUGCUGCUGGGAGACAGCAAGAAACGUCUCUCUGCUCCUUGGAGGAAUGCUCCACCGCUAAACCUGUACCCAUCACACCUCACUACCCUUCUGAAGACGGCCAGAAAGCCAGUAAUAAUCUAGUAACCGUCACUGGCAUAUCUUUGUGUUUAUCCAUCAUCUUUGCCACUGUCCUGAUCGCCCUAUGGAGGAAGCUUUGGAGGACCCAGAAGUGCAGCACCCCUGUGCGCUGCGACUCCACCCACUCGCCCAGCUUCCGGAAGAACUCAGACGAGGAGAACAUCUGCCAAGAUGAGAGGCAGCAGCGAGAGAGCUUUUCUGAGGGAGAAGCCGCUUGCUCGCUUUCUGGAGAACCUCCAGAUAUGCCCUUGAGCUCCAGGAGAAGUCUUUAUUUUGCUCCGGAAGGAGGAGGGGAAGGGGCUUCUGCUAGCGAAAGCUUUGAGUCCGCAGCUCAGAAAAUAAUCCCCCCCAUUUUCAGCUACCGCCUUGCACAACAGCAGCUGAAGGAAAUGAAGAAGAGAGGCCUCACCGAAACAACCAAGGUGUAUCGCGUUUCUCAGAACCCUUUGACAGACACGGUGCUCAACAGCUCUGUGAGCACAGAGAACCAGGAGGCAGCAGCUGGAAGCAAGUUUAGAAUCAAGUCUCCUUUUCUGGAGCAGCCCCCUGGCCACCCCAAAUCCUUAGGAGACAGGCCCUGUUCUAGGGCGGAUUUUACGCUGCCUCAGGCCAAUCCUGCCUUGAGCCCUUGUCAGUCCCUUAUUAGAAGAGCUCACCCUAGAUACCUCGAGAACAAAGGAGAGCCAUUGGAGAGGGUCUGCCCAAGAAGUUCGCAGUUCAGAAGAACAGCCAGCUUUCACGAAACCAGAAAAGCCAAGCCGUUCCGGAAAAGAAGCAUGUCCACCAUGACACCGUGCCAGACCAACCUCUACCGUGGCAGAGCCAGAACGUGGAGUCGUGCCCCGGAAGGAGAGCACCGGCCUAAAUCUAAAAGCACCAAUGAGAGCAUUGAAGAGUUUGAGCUGUAUUAUAGUACCACUGAAUCAAUGGCCUAUGGAGCACACAAUCCCCAUAAAUGGGAACCCCCGGGGAAGAAACUAGACUCGGUCACCAGACGCCAACCAGUGGCCCAGGCACUGUGCGUUGAUAGAUCAGAGCAGAAGAGAAACGUAAGAGGGCCUCCCCUGGGCCGCGUGGAUGCUUGGAAGAACGAAUCUGCUGUGGUGGCUCUCAAAGAUGUGCACCAAAGAGAAGGUACUCUGAGCCCUACACAGUACAGAAAGAACAAGUGCCAGAGCUUCCCAUCUGACCCCGAAUACUGCUUCUAUGACAACACUUCUUUUGGCCUGGCUGAAUUGGAACAGCAAAUGACGGACCUGCCUGGGUAUUUUGCGUCCGAUGAAGCAGGUGAAAUAAAUACCUUAAGUAUUGACCAUUUGGUGCUCUGACUGCCUUGCCACCAAUCUUGUAGCGAGACAGAACCCGUGGGCUGAUAUGAAUGGUGGCCAAAAAUAUAAUAAAUGGGCUUUCUAAAAGCACCACCAGUCAAAUUCCAUCUCAUGGUGGGGGAAUGAGGCCCAGCUGUUGUUUCGCUCCGCACUUCUCCCCGCUUCCUCAGCCACUUCAGAGCAGCAAGCGGGAAAUGAUGCCUUCACAUGUAUAAAUAAGCUUCCACUAAAUUAUUCUGCACUG